GCGUCAGCCAAAAUUCCUGCCGGGGACUCUGCUGCAAUGCAGCACACCACACCCCCGCCGGCGCGGAGCCCCAGCCCGGGCGGCCGAUGCUGCUCAGCUCCAGCCCCGCACCGCCCUAGGCCUCCCUCCUCCUCCUCCUCCUCCUCUUCCCAACGAGCCCUGAUGAUUCCAGGUUGCUCGGCAUUAUCUCCUGCGGGCAGCUGGCGUCCGCAGCCCGUCCCAGCGCAGCCCGGCGCACGUUCGGUCCCUCAAGGCGCUGCGGGCGGAACGCGCUGGCUCCCGGAGGGAUCGGCUGCGGUUUCGUAUUUCAUUUCCCUCGCACGCUACACCCGAAUUCCAGACGCUUUCUGGCUUCGCUGCUGCAUGGACUCAGAGCACAGGUCCUUUGCCGGACCCAGCGGAGGCAGACGGGGCUUCCCUCAGCUCCGGGGAGUGGACCAUGAAGACGUCAAUUGUAUUUUUGCUUUGCAUCUCAGUUUUCCCAGGCUUUUCCCAGGGCAGAGUUGUUGGAGAGGAUGAAACUGGUUUUGCUGAGUGUAAUGUGUUCUUCCCUGGACAAGUUCCACCCGAAGGGUUUACGGAGCCUUUCCACGUGAAAAUCUGUCAGCAGUACAACAAAGAGCCACGCUUUGCAACCCUCUACAGUACUAAGGACAAAAUCCCUCUUUAUUCAGCUUUUAAGUAUACAAAGCCAGCCCAAAAUGAGGAGGAGAGCUGGCUGGUCGAACCGCAGAUAGACGAUCCAGAAAAUGACCUGCAUGAGAUGGUGCAUGAAGCUGAUGUCAUUGGCACUGUGGCCAGCCUUGGUGCAAAUCAAGCCCUGACCUCAGACUACGUGGGCUCCGGUUAUGAGAGAGGGCUGCUCAAUCCCAGCUUGCUCAAUGAGGAGGAUUUCCAGAUGGCCACUUACACGCUCACGAACGCCGUCCCUCUGAGCCCAUCUCUGAGCAAAAGCUGGCACAGAGACAUUGGGAGGGUAGUGGAAGAAGCUCUGGUCCCUCACUGCUCCAAGAAGGAUCAUCUGUAUCUCCUUGCAGGCGCAAUUCCUUCCAGUGUCCGAGUUAAAGGGAAGGUGUCAGUGCCAGAGAGCCUCUGGCUGGCAGCCUGCUGUGAUGCUCCAGAGGGAUGGUCCCUGGGACUGGUCAAAAAAAUUAAUGAUGAAAACAGCUUAGCAGACCUCACGGUGGGAGAGCUGGAGAAGCAGCUUCUAGCAGGAGUUCACUUGUUUAAGGGCAGCUGUGGGGAAGACAACCCAAGCCAGGAGAAAAUAGAAGCAAUACUGCAGGCUGUCAGUCAGAUCCGCUCUGGAGAGCAAGUAGAAACAAGUGACAACCAGGAGGCCAAAGACAGUGGCUUGGUGAGGAAAGUGGCUGGUGUCAUUGCUACCCCUUUCAUCAAACUUCUGGAACUCCUCAUCUAUGUGUUUGUGGAGCUGGUGAAAUUUGUGUUUUAUUUUCUGUGGCUUGUUAUCAAGCGGGUUGGUGGUGCAGUUCUGGAUGGAGUCUACAGCCUGUGGAACGGGGUGGUGUCCUACCUUAAAGCCAUAAGCAUGGUGCUCAUCAGCAUCCCCUAUGAUGUGGGGAGGGUCAUCGUCAACAUCUUCCUGGGCUUCCUGGAAAUUGUUCAAGAUGUGGCAUCCCUCACCUACAGGAUUCUGCGCAUCCCUGUGGGGUUUGUCCUUCACCUCGCUGCUUUCCCUUACCACUCCAUCUGUGCCAUUCCCUCCGUCCUCACAGACAUGGCCACCGGGAUUGGGGGCACCUUCUCGCUCAUCAUCGAUGCCACAGCCGCACUUCUGCAUGGCUUUUAUUACUUGGCUGGUCACAUAGUCAAACGGUUUGUCCCUAAAGGCUCCUCUGAUGACUGAUAGGGAUGGAAACCAAGGCUGCAAAGACACGGAGUGAAGGAGGAGUGGGGCGAUGCUUUAAGAUACAUGGCCAAACGCUGUCAAUUUUGUUCUGGUAUUUAUUGUAGUGACAUUAAUAAUGAUGAACUGAUGGGGGAGUAACAGAGAAGGCUGAGGUAAUGUUGCCAGGGGACGCCACCAGUUCUGCUGUCGGAAAGUGUUCGGGUUUUAUUGGUGCAAGCCACAAAGUUCCUGUGAUUUGCAGAUGUCGAGAUGCUUCCUCUGGAAGACACGUGGUAAAUGUGGUAUGGGGUUAUUUCUUUCCAGCAAAGAUAAAACUGAGAUCUACUCACUGUCAGAGAGCUCCACAGAAGCCCAUCCCUGCUGGAGAAGAGGUGACGGUCGGGGCAGGAUUUUAGUUACAGAGAAGGAAGUGAGGGUGCAAGGAUUUGGGGCUGGGAAAUGAUGGGGAACGAGGAGGGAUGGGGGUGAAGUCCUACUGUUGGUUUCAGUGCUCAUUGUGGAGGGGAUGUGACCUGGUGUACCUCAUAGUCCUCAGGCCUUUCCAGGCAGCUGAAAUCACAUGGAUCUUGUUGUGAGGAAAGACCUGCUGCCUGUUCUUUCUCAUGGUGGGAAAACGUUCUCCUUUAGCCAUACGAAAGUCAUCUUCCCUCAACCCUUCCAUGCUCUUUGGUAACCACUGAAAGUCUAAGCCCUGAAGCUUCAAGACGUGGCAUUCCAUGAUGGUCUAAGCCCCUGAAGGUCUCAGCCCUGAAGCCCUUGUGCCUGCUCUGAAGCCCAGCAGUGCCCGGGAGUCACGCUUUUGGCUUUGAAUCCGCUGCCACCCGCCCUGCCUCCCUUGAGAGCCGACAGUUCCCCAGGCACACAGCGGUAUUGAUGAGCCUGGGGUCUCCACAAGACGGUGCCCAGGCUGGGGAUGGGUAGCACCACGACUGUCCUUCUGGGGCUUGUUUUGAAAGCCCAGCUCGCAGGGGGAAAAUUAUCCUCCUGGAUUUCCCUCUAGGGCAAAAGAAAAGCAGCUCUGCCCUUCCCACUGGUCUGGGUAAGCGGCAGGGACAUCCUUACAGGAUGCCCUUACGGGACAGGAGAAGCAUGGGGAACGGGGGGAUUUUGCUGCUUUUGCAUGAGGUGAUUUGGUGUUUUCAUAGCUCCUACCCAGUGGUAGGGUCAGAGCGGGGCUGGAGCCAGCCCCGGGCAGGGCAGCAGUGUCCCCUCGGUGCUGUGCUGGCAGUGAAGCUGGCCAGAGGGAUGUCAAGGAAUGGAGUCCUGCAAAUGCGAUGGAAGAGGCAGAGGGAAUGGGACACUUGCGGUGAGUUGCUUACACUUGGAGGUCCUGGCAGGACUCAUGGCAGGGGCCUCUGCUGCUGGGAGAGGAGGAGAGGUCCGCGUGGCUGUUGCAGCUGCAGGGACCAGCGUGGCCAAGCUCAACAUGAGCCCUAACAGCAAAGGCUUUUGCUGGGCAUUUCCCUUCCGUAGCCAAUUUCAGAAACCUGGAGGGGGGAAAAAGCGGUUGCGUUCCCCCUUUCUCCUGUGGGGACUAUGGGCUGCCAGGUGGGGGGAGAGGCGGGGGGAUGAUCUGAGGCACAGCGUUUGUUUUGCUGUGUAAAUACCCAGCUGGUGAGCCGGCGCGGUGCCAGGCACGCUUCUGCGGGAAGGGGACCCAACCCCUGUUCUGCACCGCUCGUCCUCCCUGCGUGCUCUUCUUCACCCCUCCUCCUCACCAGCGUGAGCCAGGACCCACAACGUCUGGCACACCGGAGCCGGCGGGGUGCACGCAGGAGCUUUGCAGGGAACCAUCAGGAGUUUGCAGCUGGACAAGGGGCGCAGGGACGCCCGCCACUGCUGGAGGAGGGCACAGGGGUGCUGCCCUUCCAUGGGGCUUGACUCAGGAGGGGCUUUGGAUCUCUUGGUUCGGCUGCCAGCAGGAGGAAUGUUCUUAGUCUCAACAGCGUUUGCUCUGGCUGGACUCCCAGAGGCAUUUGGGAGUCCUACAAGGAUGGAUCCUGCCCUUCACCCCCACCUCUGUCCCUCCCUCCAGCGCCAGGUUGGUUGUGGACCCUUGAUCUGCCAUAGCAUAAAGAGUCCCAGGGGUGUGCAAGCCGGUGCUGCCAUCCCUUUGGGGACCCAGUGGUGCUGUGUUGCUGGUGGCCAGUCCUGGGCUGAAGAAAGCCCAGUUACUCCAUGCAGCAGCUUUUCUGCCUCACACGGCCCAUGGUGGGGCUGAGCUGGGGGGAGAUAGAUUUGGGGGGCUACAUAAGAUUCGUCUGUUUCAUGGCAGCGACAGAGGGCUGUUUCCGUAGCUCAGGGGCUGCGUUCAACGCAACCAGCUGUGCCUGCACAUCCCUGACCAGCUGGCAUCCCGUUCGGCAGUGACGCUGAUGGCGUUGGUGAGGAUGCCAACAGUGGGGAUGAAGUGGGGAGGUGGUGGGCUGAGCAGGGACAGAGGACAACUCGUCUCACCUUUUGUGGGCCACGGCUGGUUCAUGGAGAAAGAGAGGCCACCCGGCAAGCAGCGCCGGCUUGGUUCCAAAGGAAAGGCAGCGUUUGUGUGCCAAUAGGAGUCUAAUUGGGUGAAGUCAGCAGCAUUUUGCAAAUCCCUCCUUUGCCUUGGAGCUGUUGGUACGGGGAUUUUGGGUCCAAGAGGCAAGGUCCAGGUCACUGCUCCCAGCAGGCAGAGAGCAGCCUGCGGAUGCUCUCCAAACGAAACUUUGCAUCUUUUUCUACUCAAAUAUGCCUUCCCCGCUGCAGAGCCGGAUGGGGAAUUGGUUCCUUGCUCCUCUCGCAACCCCAGUACUCCUCUUGGGCUGUCAAGGCAUGAAAGCAGCCGGCUCAGGCCCCAGGAGCUGCCAGGGUGCAGUGACAGGGGCACCAGCCUGGUGGACCCAGGGUCCCCAGCAGCCUCUGAAGGCACACGUGGUGGCAGCCGCUCCCCAGUGCAGCCUGAGCAUCCAGAAGAAGGCAGCUGCCCCCCAGAGCUGCCUGUCUCGUGCCUUCUGCCUGGCCUUGUCUCUGACCCACCUGAGCAGACGGCGAGGCACUUCUCGGGGCUCCUGCACCCACAGCAGCUUCCCCACGCCUUCACCCAGCAGCCCCCGCAUCCCGGCUCCCACCAGUGCACCCCCCGGCUGCAGUGACCUGGGGGCUCGUGUGCCGAGAGGCGGCAAAGCUGAGACACCUCGGGAGGUCCGUCACCAUCCCUGCCCAGCCUAGCUCGGGUCAGGCCAGCAGGUCCCCGUGCUGUGACCGUGUCUUCUGACCGCAAGUGGAGAGACCUUGAAAUCUAAGGGGCCGCAGCACUGAGGGAUUUGGGCAGAUGUGGAGCGGUAUUAUUAAAAAUUGUCUUAACGUGCUCGGAUUUCAAACGCUAAGGACUGCAACCGGCACGGGGCAUUGGUCUUCAGUGCUGCGUGUCUGAGCGGGCGAUGGGAAAUCUGCCUCGAACGCUCAGCAAUUAUCACAGAACAAGCAACAUCCUGCUGCAAACUAAUUACUGUUUGAGAUUAUUCUUAUGUGGGCAUGAUUUAUGGCUUGUGAGCUUUGCUCGAUCCUUGGAAACGUAUGGCUUCAACAAAAUAAAAGUUACUUUUCCAGAGA